AUGUUGCAACAACAAGCAUUGAUUGCAGCAUUGAUUGAAGCAAGGAUUGAUAAAGCAAGAAGAGGUGUAUUAUUUACACUCAGUCAACCUGGGGGUCAUCCUUACAAUUGGAACUGUGUUGUAGAAAAAUGUACUGGUCUCAUCAAAAAAUUUUCUGAUGAUCUUAGCACAGCAUGCAUUAAACCUCAGGAACCAAAACUACCUCUUGGUGUUCCAAGUUCAACAAUGACAGAUGUUAGUGCAUUUCAGAAACAAUAUAUAUAUCAGGGUGGUAAAGUGUGUCAUAUUUUAUUUAAUGGACAGACGAUAAUCUGGGCUGCGGAUGCAAUUUCAUCUUUAGCUGUAUUAUCAUUAAAUGAAGAUUCAUAUGGAAUUGCUCAAAAAGAUCUACCACUUAUAAUCAAUACUUUACUUGCAUUGAAGCAAGCUCUUGAUAAAUUACAAAAAUCAAAUAUUAUGACAAAGAAACAACAUGGAGAUGAUAAAUUUAUUAAACAAAUCUUUCAUUCUUUACGUGCUGCGGCAAAACGAAGUCUUUAUAGAAUAGUUACAUGUUUUGAAAUUUAUAUAGGAGAUUUAGGAUUAGAAACAACAACAGUGGAACAGUUACAUAGUUUUCUUGCUUAUAGGGAAUAA